AUGUAUCUCGAUGAUGCAUAUUCUAUCUGGUCCGAUCUGAAGGAUAGGUUUUCUCUCGGUGAUUCAGCUCGCUUGUAUCAGCUUCGCCAACAGCUCAUGAAUCUCUCUCUAGGCUCUGCCGAUGUGAACACCUACUUCACCAAUUUGCGGAUUCGUCAUAUUGAUGGAUCUCACUUCUCUAACUCUGGAUCUCAUCUCUCUAAUUCAGCUCUUCUUGCUGUUCAUCCUUCAGCUCCUAGUGAACAGCCAUUCACUAUUGCUGCAACAUCAUAUGGCAGGGGUUUGAAUAAGUUUUUGUGCUCUCAUUGUGGAAAGAAAAAUCAUCCGGUUGAAAAAUGCUUCUUCAAGCAUGGUUUUCCUCCAGGUUAUGGCAAGGGAAUAGGCAAACCAUUCUAUGCUAGUUCAUCUUCUAGCAAUCAGAAUUCUAAUCAGGGCAGAUCUGUGAAUUGUGUUGAAGAUAAUUCCUCUGCAUCGCCUGCUCUCAUGCCUUCUGAAGUGAAUUUGCCAACCAAGGAUCAAUAUCAACAGCUUGUUGCUCUCUUGCAAAGUCAACUCCACACUUCAGCUCCAGCCAUCACUCACAAAUCUUACUCUGAAGCCCAACCUUCAAACUUCUCUGCCGCACCUAUCCAAAAUGCUUCUGUGAAUCUUCCUAAUGGCAACACUGCUCAUGUCUCACACCUAGGUAAUGUCUUGCUUACACCUCUCAUCACUCUUUCAUCAGUCCUGCUAGUGCCUACAUUCUCUUUCAAUUUAAUUUCAGUCAGUGCACUCACCAAACAUUCUUCAUGCAUUGUCAUAUUCACUCACAAUGGGUUCCAAAUUAAGGAAGCUUUAACGGGGACUGUGAUUGGGAGGGGUAACCGAGUUGGCAACCUUUACAUCUUUGAGUUUCCAGGUUCAUCAAGUAGUGAAAUAAACAAGACUCAAUCUCAAGAUGUUAUCCAAGCCCCUUGGCCUAGCGGUAAAGGGCACUUAGAUACCGCGUCCAUCCUGGAGGUCACAAGUUCGACCCCUAGGAGGCGCAUCUUGGGGAUUAAUUUCCUCUUGGGGGUGACAGUUUACUAGCCAAUACCCAUGUUUGGGGAUGACAGUUUACUUGUUUGUACCCAACCAGACAACGAAGCGCAACUCGGUGGUAAGACGCUUCACCUCUAACCUAUCGGUCGGGGGUCCGAGUCAUCUCGGGGUGUAGAUGGAGAACCAUCGUUGAUCCUCCUUAAAAUUAGAAGAGAAAAAAAUCUCAAGAUGUUUCUCAUACUAAUGGUGCUAUUUCCAGUAUUUCUAGUUCUGUUGCUUCAAUUAACUCUGUCAGCCUUGAUGUUUGGCACCAACGUUUGGGCCAUCCAUCCUUGAAUAAACUCAGAAUUUUGUAUGAUAUUUUAAUUCCAUCAAAUAAUUCCUCAUCCACUUGUUAAAUCUACCCUCUUGCAAAACAAAAAGAAACUGUCAUUUCCUGAUUCCACAUACACUUCAUCUGCCAUUUUUUAUUUAAUACACUGUGAUGUGUAGGGGCCUUUCUCCUCUCCUACACACACUGGUUAUAAAUAUUUCCUUACUAUAAUUGAUGAUUUUUCCCGGUUUGUUUGGACUUUCCUCCUCACUCAGAAAUCUGAAGUAAACUCUAUGCCAACACAGUUUGCCAACACAAUUCUUACUCAGUUCAAAAAAAGAAUUAAAAUCAUAAGGAGUGACAAUGCCCCUGAGUUCAACCUCACUUCUUUAUACUCCUCCUAUGGGACUAUCACUCAGCACUCUUGUGUGGAAACACCACAACAGAAUGCUCGAGUGGAGAGAAAUCACCAACACUUGUUGAAUGUUGCUAGGAGCUUUUUGUUCCAAUCUCAUCUAGGCAUAGAAUUCUGGGGGAUGUAUACUUACUGCUUAUUUCCUUAUAAACAGAACACCUUCCUCAGUUCUUCCUCAAAACAUCACCCCAUUCCAGGCUCUCUUCAAUAAGAUUCUUGUCUAUAGCACUCUAAAGGUGUUUGGGUGUCUCUGCUUUGCCUCCACUUUGGAUAAAGGCAAGAAUAAGUUUUCUCCAAGAGCCACUCGAUGCAUAUUCAUAGGCUACCCCUCUGAAUAUAAAGGUUAUAAAGUCAUGAAUCUGGAGACACAUGAUAUUUUUAUCAGCAGAAAUGUUAUUUUCCAUGAAUCUUUUUUUCCUCUUUCAUAUCAGCCUCAAUCUUCCUUCCCUACUGAUAAAUCUCACAAUGAAAACACUGCCCCACUUUCUCCUCGCACCACUGAUUUAUCUCUUCUUCUUCUACCUCAAUAUAACCAUCAUGCCACAACCUCCUCUGAACUUUCUGAUCUUGCACCACAGCCAACAAGGUCAGGAAGAACAGUAAGAACUCCAGCUCACUUAACUGAUUACAUUUGUAAUUCAGUGAUUUCUUCCACAAAUUCUCAGUAUCCCAUUUCAUCUUACUUUUGUCUCAAUAAACUCUCUCAGCCUUACUUAAAAUUCAUCAUACUUCUCUCUAUCUUUACUGAGCCUACAUCCUAUAAACAAGCUACUCAACACUCAGAGUGGGUGUUGGCAAUGCAAGAAGAGCUGCAGGCACUGAUGAGAACCAAUACUUGGUUGAUCACUUUUCUUCCACCUGGAAAAAUACCCAUUUCUUGCAAAUGGGUAUAUAAGAUCAAAUUCACAGCUGCUGGUUUGGUUGAAAGGUAUAAGGCUCGGUUAGUAACUAAAGGCUUUACUCAUCAAGCAGGAGUGGACUUUCAUGAUACUUUUUCUCCAGUUGCUAAGCUGACUACAGUGAAGCUCAUGUUAGCUUUGGCUGCAAUUAAAGGCUAGAAGCUUGCUCACCUUGAUAUUAACAAUGCUUUCCUCUAUGGUGAUCUUGAAGAGGAAAUAUACAUGUCUCUCCCUCCUGGUCUAGUUGUGAAAGAUGCACCUGUAGGCCCUGGUCAGUUGGCCUGCAAACUAAAGAAGUCCAUAUACGGCCUCAAGCAAGCCUCAAGGCAAUGGUAUCUGAAAUUCUCCCAAGUUCUUUCUGGAUUUGGCUUGCUUUAAUCACCAUCAUAUCAAUCAUAUUUUUUAUAAACAUUAUGCCGAUGGCUUAUACUUUGGGGUUGUGAUUUAUGUGGAUGACAUUCUUGUGGCAAGUAGUGAUGACCACAUGAUAUCCAGCUUCAGAGAUUUUCUCUCAGGACAUUUCAAGUUGAAAGAUCUUGGUUCUCCAAAAUACUUCCUUGGUAUAGAAAUUGCAAGAAAUGAGAGUGGCAUUUUUGUGUCUGAGCACAAAUAUGCUCUUGAUUUGGUUUCUGAUGCUGGCUUGCUGGGGUGCAAACCUGCUUCUACUCCUAUGGAUGCGGUGAAUUCUUUACAUUCAGAGGCUGGAGAUUUGCUAGCUGACUCAACUCCAUAUAGAAGGCUUAUUGGGCGCUUGGUGUAUCUUUGUCUCACCCGCCCUGAUAUUACCUUUGCAGUGAACAAACUAAGUCAAUUAAUCUCUAAGCUUUGUACUGGCCAUAUGCAAGCAGGUGAACGAAUUUUGAAAUAUCUAAAGGGCACUCUAGGUCACGGUUUGUUUUACUCUGCCAAGACUUCACCUACAGUCAGCAUUUUUUCUGAUGCUGAUUGGGCUGCAUACUCGGACACUAGGAGGUCCAUCUCUGGUUUUUGUAUGUUUCUUGGUAGCUCAUUGAUAUCUUGGCGCUCUAAGAAACAACACAUUGUCUCACGGUCCUCCGCCGAGACUGAAUAUAGAGCCAUGGCUCUAGCCUGCUGUGAA